AUGGGUCUAGCAUCUGGAGAAGAGCAAGAGCCGCCUACGCAGAAUAGAUCGGCUACGCGUCCUCUAUCGUCCAACCAGGAGCAGAAGUUGGUGGACUACCUCGAGGAACAACUCCUAGACAUCACCAGGAACUUCAAGAAGCGGUCACAGCCGUCGACGACGCUCCCGACAUUGUCGUCAUACCUCCUCACAAUGCAUCCGCUUUUGUCUCUCGUAUUGCAGAUACCGCCGCUCAACCCUUCCGCAUCUCUGCGAACGUCCCUACUUCUGCGCUUGACCGGCGAAGUGAUGAACUCGAUCCCUGGAUACCAGCCCGAUACUCAAACUCUGCCACAGCUCCUUGCCUGGCUGGAUGACCUGGACAAGGGUUGGCUCGCGGCCCUCCGUGCACAGGCAUGGGACCCUGAACAGAAAGCCGGCGUGGAUGUCCCGACACCUGUAGAUGAGCACUCGCUGUCUGCUAUGCCUGUAAGCCAGACAGACCGCACAAGGCUGCGUAGUAUCAUCGUGGGUGGGACGAGCAGGAUGGAGGAGUGGCUGCAAGAACUCGACACCGAGGAGGGAGACUUCGAAACGACCCUGGAGAGUCUUGGAUUGCAGCGGGCAUUCGAUGAUAUGUUCAUCAGGACUUUGACUGAGAUGGGUUCUUUGAACGGAUCCAUGAACGAUCCCCGUGGUAUGGAAGGGACUUGUUAG